AAAUUUCUGUCAUUCGCGCUGCAGUACGGCACGGUAACAGCACGCUUCUAUUUUCUAUUUGGAUUUUGACGUGUGACGACAAACAGCUGCAGCUCAGGAUUCGGUUGCAGAUCGGUGGUGAAUAGUAAUUUAGACAGUCGGUAAUGAAAAAGUGAUUGAAAUGGCUGAAAGUAAAGGUGCGUUAAUCGCGAAAUCAGUGCAAAAACAUGCCGGACGAGCCAAGGAAAAGUUACUCCAAAACCUUGGCAAAGUGGAUCGGACGUUGGAUGACAUAUUCGAGGAACACUUGCAGAACUUCAACAGACAGCACCAGCAAGCCACGCGGUUACAGAAAGAGUUCAACAACUACAUAAGAUGCAUACGAGCGGUGCAAACAGCGUCCAAAUCGCUAAUGGAAGCGAUAACGGAGGUGUACGAAAGCGGUUGGUCCGGCCACGACCUGCUUUACGUUCAAGCUCAGAACAUGGAGAUGUUGUGGCAGGACUUCUCUCACAAACUGGGUGACCAGGUGCUCAUACCGCUCAACACUUACACCAACCAGUUUCCAGAAGUCAGGAAAAAAGUGGAGAAACGAGGGCGUAAACUAGUGGACUACGACAGCCAAAGGCAUAGCUUUCAAAACUUACAGGCGAACGCCGCCAAGAGAAGGGACGAUGUCAAGAUAACCAAAGGCCGCGAACAAUUGGAAGAAGCUAAACGCACGUACGAAGUAUUGAACUCGGAACUUCACGACGAAUUGCCCGCGCUCUACGACUCGCGCGUAUUGUUCUACGUACACAAUCUACAAACUUUAUUCUCGGCUGAACAACUUUUCCACUCUGAGACCACUAAGGUAUUCGCUGAGCUAGAGGCCAUAACCGACAAGCUAGCAACGGAAUGCCAACGCGGCUCCUACACCAAACGCGUUAACAAUCACGUCGCGCCUCAGCCGAUACAACACAACGGCAACUCUGCCUCGCCCAACGACACCGUGCAAACCCCGAAAUCCGAACGAGCGGCACCACCUUCCCCCGGCUGGGUGCCGCCUUCGCCAGGCCAGACGCCCCCAUCACCGGGCCAGUCGCCACCUCCACCGGGACUGUCGCCCCCUCCACCGGGCGAUACAACCCCUCCACCGGACCAUUCUACCCCUACCCCGGGACAUAAGACCCCUCCACCGGGCCAGUUGACCCAAUCACCCCCCUCUCCAGUGCAAAAUGGCGCCGCCCCCCCACCCCCUGCCCGUCGUGAACAAGAAAAGCCGCUAGACAACAACAAGGACGGAGACCUGUACGACGUGCCAGUCGGGUCCCCAGUACCUGCGGAGAAAUUGAAUAAUAACGGCGAAGACAAGCAACUAGACGUUGAAAAGAAACAGAAUGAGACAGAGCACAAACCUAACGACAAUCAGAGCAAGACAGACGAAGUUUACGACAUUCCAGUCGGGGCGACGUUAGCCGGUCUGCCGGCGGGCACUCUGUACCGCGUGCGCGCGACCUACCGCUACACGCGCGAGGACUCCGACGAGUUGUCCUUCGACGUGGGUGACGUCAUUCGCGUCGUGGAGUACGACGACCCUGAUGAACAGGAGGAAGGCUGGCUGAUGGGCAUCAAAGAGACAACUAAUGAGAAAGGAAUGUUCCCUGCCAAUUUCACGCGGCCGAUAUGAGCUCGACAUAACACGAUAAUAUCGCCACACCACUCGAGAUAUCGCCACUCCAC